UACUCUAUACCAGGAGUGCACAGUGCAAGAGCCUCAAGUACUAGGCGUAUAUAUCUAGAGAAAAUGAAGAGAAUGGUGAUGAGAAAUGCGACGAUCCCCGUGAUGUUAUUCUUCCUGUUAUGCAUGUUCCAAGGCAGUGUACAAGGUCGUCAUUUACUAUCUUCUGGGCCUGGAAUCAGGCCCAAGCCAGAUGAUGCUGCUCAUUUCGCUCGCUGGCUCGUAUCUCAAUCUUUUUGGGGUGAUCUCAGUACCAUUGAGAGUGAUUUGGGGGGAGCUCCUUUUGGGAAUGUAGUUUCUUUUAGCGAUGGGACGCCUGAUAAAGGCACGGGCAUCCCAUACUUUUACUUGACUCUCUUGGAUCCAACAGCUAGAAACGCAUUGAAGGACCAGAGGUCAUCUUUCACAUUAAGUGAGUAUAGUCUUGGAACUUGCGGCAAGACAGACCCGGAGAACCCUACUUGUGCAAAAAUUACACUGACAGGAAAGUUGAAGAUGGUAGAUGGCAAAUCCAGUGAGGCUAAAUAUGCUCUAACUGCCUUGUUUUCCAAGCAUCCGGAGAUGAAAGAUUGGCCAAAGGAUCACAACUUUCAGAUCUUCAAACUAGACAUUGAGGAUAUAUUUCUGAUAAAUUGGUUUGGCGGUCGGAAACCUUUGACAGUGGAUCAAUAUCUUCAUGCCUGAGGUUGUCCAAUUUGUACGCUGCAAUAGCCAUGUUUCAAAUAUUAGAGGGCUUAGUCUGAGCUAUACAUAAUGUAUGAUGUUCUCUGUGAAUGUAAAAUAAUUAAUGAACAUGAACCCAAAGUGCUUCAGUUUAUGACAAUCUAUUUGUGGCUAUAGCACAAAGAGACUUCACAGUUUAA